AUGCUUGCCACUAUCGCGCAACAGGCUCGCCUCAUUGAAGCCACUCUAUGCCAAUCGACACUCCAUGGCUAUGAAGAUCUCCUUGAAAUAUUAAAUUUUGAACGAGGUUGGUUUGCCGAGCGUAUGAAUAUUUCGAACAUGUAUGAACUGAACUGGGAUGAGACGCUGAACCCGAACCUUUGGCCGGAAUUCCGUGCCCCCAAUUCGAGUUUCCGCGAAAUGUUGAUAGGGCGAGAUCAGAAUGCUAUUGCAGCCGAAGUAUGCGUUGUGGACCAACUCCUACUUGAAAUACGCAACGACCCAACAUUUUUUGAGAAAAUGAAGGACAGUAUUGACCGUAAUCAUUGGCCUUACUGGCCGUUUGAGCAUAUGUUGCCAACUCAAACCGGUAUCGCUUGUGAAUCUCGCGAGAGAAUGUACAAUUGGAGUUCUCCAUGGAAAGGUUCCAGUGUGUAUAGAACAAUUUGCUCUCUGGGUUCAAAAAGCUCUUUCAAAAACUCUGUUUGGAAGUUUGGUGCCCCUGGAUCAGGAUGCGGAAAUGACAAAGUCGAAGAUGGAUUGUGUGUUGGAAGUCUUCCAGAAGAAGUCGCUCCAACAAAUGCUCCACCGCCAACUACCACGAGCAUUUCCCCUCCAGAAGAACUAAAAACCACACCAACACUUAUCAAAGCUGCUUCAGAAGGUUCCUCUCCAGAGGAGCUAAGAACCCCAUCACCGCCAAUCGAAGCUGCGAUGGAAGUGGCUAACAUGUUCAAAUUGGUCUGGAAUGCUAGUGGUACAUUGAAACUAUGGAUCGAUAGUCUUGAGAAUAAUACAGUGACCACUCUGGAACAAUUUGUCCCAACUCAAACUGAAAUCGGAUGUGCUCCAUUUCACAAGGCAAUUCCUAUGGAAGGUGCUGGUCUGGAAAUUCAGUACUCCACAAUCUGUGUGCUGACUCCAACAUCAUCAUUCAAGGACGCUGAAACUAAGACUGGGCCAGCUGGAUCAGAAUGUGGAGGCUGUCAAGUUGAAGACGGAUUGUGUGUUCAGACUUCUGGAGACGGCGAAUUGCAAUGCCUUCCUUGA